AUGAGCAUUGACAUUAAUUGUGUUGAGGUGGACAAGGCGCGAAAGGAAUUAGAUGCCUUUAAGCAGCGCCAUCAUCAACAAAAUCACGAACUUGUUCAAUUCAACAUCGCCUAUGCUCUCAAAAUACAGACUCUUUCAAAGGAAUUACGUGAUUUGCGCCAUGAAAAUAUUUCCCUUCGGAUUAGUUUAAUUCAUCUAAAACAAAAUACACCUACACCUACACCUACACCUACAGAAACCACAACAACAAAAGAUUCAUUGAAAAGAGAAUUAAUUCGCCCUAGUAACUGUCAGUGCCAGUGUCAAUGCAAACAAAAAAAGCACGAUACCCAAAACAUCGACACCCAAGUCCCUAUAUGUGACUCUCCAACUCAGGAAGACCAGCAUCAAAAAGUUGACGAGCCAACUGAAUUUUUUGCUGACAGUCCAGGAACACUUGAUAUAUGUACUCAAGAAAUCGGUCGAUCUAAACGAUCUACGCUGAGAAAAUGCUACACCAUGCCUAGUGUAAAAUCUAAACUUCGUAAAGGAGAUCCUUUUACAUUUGGCAACAAACUUCAAACCAAUAAGUAG